GUAAACGGCGGCUGCUCGCAGUCUACUGUAUGAUUGUUGUCGAAGAACCGCCAAAGAAGCAGAGAUGGCCUUAUCAUUCCUCCGGCCGACGCCAUCGCCGGCGACUCCUCUCAUGAAGGUCAAUGUCUCCCCGGCAAGGCCUCUUGCUUCCCUUUCAACCCAAAAGUUGCCAUUCUCAUUAACGCUCUUCAAAUUCCCGCCCUGCCCCUCCACCGACCGGCGGUGCCUCCGGCUCAGGCGAUCACCAGAGCAGCUCGGCGCUCUCUCCCAUGAAUCUUUAACCGAUGCCGGAAAUGGAAGCGGCAAGAGCAGCAGCAACAACGACAGUAACGGCGGCGGUUCAAACAAUUUCUGGGGGUGGUGGCGGUGGCACAAUGACGGCGGCGACGGUGAUGGCAGUGGCAGCGGCUCUUUAUGGGCGAUCAAUUCCGUCCUCAUCCUCUUCAUCUGCUCACGUGCUGCUCUAGCCCUGUCCUCACCGGACGAGGAGAACGACGCAGUCUGGGAGGUCCGGGGAGGGAAAUGGAUCAAGUUGGUCCCUAACAAUGACACCUUCAUUGUUGCCGGAGCAGGCGACCGAGGCUCUGGGGACGACGCGUCGUUAUACGUUGGUGGGGGUGUCAUCUCCACUGUGUGGGUUCGCUGCAGGGAGCUGUUCGUCCAGUUAAUGCUCCCUGAAGGGUUCCCCGACAGCGUCACCAGUGAUUACUUGGAUUACUCUCUUUGGAGAGGUGUGCAGGGAAUCGCCGCCCAGGUUAGCGGCGUCCUCGCCACUCAGGCAUUGCUCUAUGCUGUUGGAUUGGGAAAAGGAGCUAUCCCUACAGCAGCUGUUGUGAAUUGGGUACUUAAGGAUGGGAUCGGAUAUGUCAGCAAAAUAUGCCUCUCAAAAUUUGGGCGGCACUUUGAUGUCCAUCCUAGAGGGUGGAGGCUUUUCGCUGAUCUGUUGGAAAAUGCUGCCUUUGGGAUGGAGAUGCUGACUCCUGCGUUUCCCCACCUUUUUGUUUUCAUUGGUGCUGUUGCUGGAGCAGGACGAUCUGCAGCUGGUCUAAUUCAGGCAGCUACAAGGAGCUGUUUCUACGCUGGUUUUGCCGCUCAGAGGAAUUUUGCUGAGGUAAUUGCGAAGGGUGAAGCUCAAGGAAUGGUGAGCAGAUCGAUUGGUAUCGUGCUCGGUAUAGGAUUAGCCAACUGCAUAGGCACUUCUACAUCCCUUUCGCUUGUUUCUUUUAUUGUGGUAACUUCGGUCCACAUGUUCUGCAAUCUCAAGUCGUAUCAAUCAAUUCAGCUGAGGACUUUAAACCCUUAUCGAGGAAGUUUGGUUUUCAGUGAAUAUCUCCUGAGCGGUCAAGCACCUUCUGUGAAGGAGGUCAAUGAUGAAGAGCCACUCUUCCCAGCUGUACCAAUCCUUAAUGGAAUAUGUGGUCAAAAUACACGAAAUAGUGCAUUGUCUUCAGAAGCAAAAGACGCAGCCGCUGAAAUUGAACAGCGGCUACAACUGGGAUCAAAGCUCAGUAACGUUAUUCACAAUAAGGAGGAUGCGUUUGCACUGUUUGACUUGUUUCAAGAUGAAGGUUACAUUUUGGCCGAACACCAGGGAAAGUAUUGUGUUGUGCUGAAAGAAGAUUCAUCACCGCAAGACAUGCUCAAGUUGCUGUUCCAUGUGAACUAUCUCUACUGGCUUGAGAGAAAUGCGGGAAUAAUAGCAACAGGCCUAGCUAGGGACUGCAAAGUGGGUGGAAGGUUAAGGAUGUCGCUGGAGUAUGUGCAGAGGGAAUUCAAGCACGCAAAGGACGAUGCUGAGUCAGCAGGUUGGGUGACUGAUGGGCUUAUUGCGAGGCCAUUGCCGAAUAGGAUCCGUUGGGUUCAUGUGCCCUCCUCGGUGACUGUGACGUAAAGAUUUGGUCGUUCUUUUACCGAGGAUUGAGAUGCAUUUUUGUCGACAAUGAAGUCUGAGGAAGAAGAAAGGGAGGGUUUUCAAGAUCACAACAUAACAUUCUGGAGUGUGGGUAUUCUCUCUCAUUUCAGGGGCUCUAUUGUUUUGCCUCGAAGGACAGUGGAGUUUCUGGUGAAUCAACAGAUAUGAACUUCAACAUAAAGGUAGAUAUUCUUCAUCAAACCAUAAUCAAUGGAUUUCGGUGACCCCCACAGCGAUAAUUCAGCGGGGAGGAGUUACAGGUGGAUACGUUGGCUGGUUGAAGAACCGUACACGGAGCUAGUCCUACAACAGUCAGCAUCUUUUGAUCCGGCUGUUGGAUUUAUUUAAAGAAAUGUUUCAUCUAGUUAUAUCUUUGGGAAUAGAUAAAGGGCACUGUUUUCGAUCGAACUGUUCAUGUGCAUAUAGGUGUUGGAAUGGUGUGUUCUUCAGCAGCAAGUUGCUACGAUUCCGCGUGGAUGCUCUCUGUUUCUUGCCUGCAGUUGCGCAUUGGUAUUCGUUGAUUCCUAUUCCUACCCCUCACAAGCAUAAAUGACGGGGGGAAGAAGCAUAUAACGUAAUUGCUGAACAAAAUCGGAUUAUCUCCGGUUAGUAUUGGUAAUUUCAUUAGAUUGUUGUAUCACCCGGGUCGUCAAGACUUGGAUGAAACUAAUGCUCUAAAAAUGGAAAACUGACACUAGACGACUCCA